GUUUGUAUCUAACUCAUUUAUUUGCUCAAAACCUAAACCUAAAGGUGUCAGUCGACUCUCUGUCCGCGGUGAGAUCCGUCUGUUCAUGCCCUGACAGCACUAGCAAGAGAGAUCUGGAUUAUUACUUGCUAUCAGGAGAAAGACUGCAAUUUGAGAAAUAGUCGCUGGCAUCAUGACAGUGUUUGGAAACUGUACUGUGGUGUUAGAUGUGAAGAACCUGCCUUUCAAAGAGAAGAAUAAACUGAGAUUAGCUCUUCUGGAGAAUGGAGGAAACAUCUCAUAUGUCAUCAACAAAGAGUGCUCUUUUGUAGUCACCAGCAGUGUGAAUGAUCUGAGCAGUAACCGGCAGCGCAGCAUCCAGAAGCUGCAGAUCCCAGCGGUCGGGACGCAGUAUGUGUGGAGCUGUCUGGACCAAGGGCGUCUCCUGCCUUUGACGGAGCAUAGUCUGACCCCACAGCUGCCGUAUCCCACCUCUGAAGUUCUCCCUCCUUCAGGGGUAAAAGUGUCGACACACAUACUAGAAAAAGAGAAGUUCAAAGGUCACCCUGAAGUCACAAAGUCUGAAGCUGAGAUUCUUGAGAAGGGUGGACCCCGUCCCGGCAGGUUCAGAGUUUACACAGAAGGUGACCAUGACCUGCCUGAUUUUCCUUCAUAUUUUCAAGUGGCCAAGUAUUCAGUUUUUGAGAGGGUCAAACCCAAGACCUUGUGUGUUGUGGAGCUGCAGAGUGCCAAAGGCCGAGCAGGCCAGCAGUAUCGCGUCUUGUGUUCAGUCUUGCGUGAAGCUGAGACCGCAGUGGUUCAGGACAAGCUUGUGUUCUGCGUGACGUCUGAAGACGCUGUGGAAGCGUAUCUGCAGCUGAUGAAGGAGACGGAGACUGAGGGAUUCACGAAGACACACACACUUCCCCCUGAGGUUGAGCGCUUGGCAUCCUACAGCCUGCAGCAGCUGCUGUUGGAGGAGAAGCUGAACUGCAGCACAUUGUCUCAGGAUGUCGGUGUCUUUGUGGAGCUGGUCUGGACCGAAGCUCUCGGUUCUCUUAAUAGCAUCCUGACAGUCCCUGUCUCCAGAAUCAGCCUCAAUGAUGUGAGCAGGGUGGAGGGACUGUUACUGCAGGCACAGAAGACUGAGAAAGAGGAUGAAGUCAAAGCCCUGCUGGAGGAGGUCAACACUCUUCUGCCCCUCAGAAUGACCGACCCUCCUUCCAAACACAAGCUGGUGUCUCAGAAACUGGACCUUUGUCAGCUGAUCAGAGACAUUGUAAAUGUGAGCGAGGCCACUCUGGGAAGCCCCUCACCCUCGUCUCUGGGAAAAUAUCGAGCUCUGAGGUGCAGGAUUGAGGUUGUUCCACCACAAAACCCUGAGUUUCAUGUUGUCUCUCGACUGCUUCAAGACAGGCCUGUUCAGAUUCAGCAGAUACUGCGUGUCAGCAGAGGGGUGGAGCUUCAGUUGUUUAUGGAGGAUUUAGGCAACAUUAAACCCCUCCUCCACUCCACGAGUCCCAGCAGUUUUGUUGGAAUACUGUCACGAGGUCUGCUGCUGCCCAGGGUUGGAGUCGAACAGCAUGGGAUUGAGAGGACAGAUAUCGGGAAUCUUGGAGGAGGAAUCUACUUCAGUGACUCUCUGAAGACUAGUGUGAAAUACUCCAGGCCCAGUGAGACUGACGGCUCUCGGCUGCUGUUGGUGUGUGAAGUGGCGUUGGGUCGGUGUAAGGACCUGCUGAAGAAAGACACCACUUUGACUUGUGCUCCUGACGGCUACCACAGUGUUCAUGGAGUCCAGCGCUCUCCCAGCAGACUCUCUGAAUUUGAGGAUGAUGAGUUUGUGGUCUAUAACACAGAGCAGAUCAGAUUGAAGUAUGUGGUGCAGUACAGUCUGGAGGGAGACGAGUUAAAACAGUUCCAGCCUCAAAUCAACACACAGCUCACGGACACAACACCUGACGUCUUGUCCAGUGAUGACAGUGAGGGUCUGGAGUCCGCUAAGAAUCCUCUGGAGGAGAUGAACGCAGGUUUGCUGGACAGCAGUGGUCAGAAACUUCCUCUACAGGCUGUCAAUGUGAGGUGCAAGCUGAUGGACCUGCUGUGUCAGGUCAUCAUUUUCCAGACCUACUCAAACCAGAGCGCUGUUCCCAUUGAAGCGAAGUAUGUGUUUCCACUGGAGGAGACGGCAGCGGUGUGUGGAUUUGAGGCCUUUAUCAAUGGAAAACACGUCAUUGGAAAGGUAAAGGAAAAGGAGCAGGCUCGUAAGGAGUACAAGCAAGCCAUAGAGAAAGGUCACGGAGCCUACCUGAUGGACCAGGAUGCACCUGAUGUAUUUACGAUCAGCGUGGGGAAUCUUCCUCCUGGAGCCACAGUUUUGAUCAAGGUGACGUUCAUCACUGAGCUGGUGGUCAGGUCAGGCUCUAUAGUCUUCUCUCUGUCUGGCAGCGUGGCGCCAUGGCAACAGAGAGACGCUCUUAAUCAGACAACUCAGGCCACUGUUGAAAAGAUUGGUGUGACGGAGCUUCAGUCAGAGGGGGAGUUUUCUCUGUCUAUGUCCAUUGAAAUGCCUUAUGAGAUCAUCAACUUGAGCUCUUCACACCGCAUCAAAACCAAGAGGACAGACUGUAAGGCAGUGAUCAGCACGUUACCGGGACAGACUCUGGGAUCUGAAGGGUUACAGGUGUCCUUCAGUCUUUCUAAUAUCCACAUGCCCAGGAUGUGGGUCGAGAACCAUCCGGAUAAAGAUAGUCAGGCCUGCAUGCUGGUGUUUUAUCCGGACUUUAAGUCAAGCGGGGUGUCCGGCUCUGGAGGUCCGUCUGGUGUGAGCGAUGUGGUCAUUCUUCUGGACUCCUCCAAGUCCAUGCAGGGAGACACCAUGCUGAACGCCCGCAGGAUUGCCCUUCAAGUCCUCAAAUCUCUGGACCGCUCACUGAAGAUCAACAUCAUCUCUUUCAGCACUGAUUACAAGGAAGCUUUUCCUGCACCAGUGCCUAUAGAUGAGGCAUCUGAAGCAGCCAGAAAAUUUAUUAUGUCGUGUGGCGGCUCUGGUGGCAGCACUGAUCUGUGGCGGCCUCUCCGGAGCCUGAGUCUGCUGCCUCCCGGCCGGGGUGCGAGGAACAUGCUGCUGCUCUCUGAUGGACAUGUUCAGAACCAGCCUCUGACCCUACAGCUGGUCCGAGAAAACUCCCGCCACACGCGCCUCUUCACCUGCGGACUCAGCUUGACAGCUAAUCGUCAUAUGCUCAGAGCUUUGGCUCAGGCAGGCGGAGGAACAUAUGAAUUUUUUGACACAAAGACGAAACACACUUGGACAGAGAAGGUGCGCGCUCAGGUUCAGCGUAUGGAGUCUCCAGGCUGCAGAUCCGUGGCAGUGAAGUGGCAGCAGUUUAAUCCCAGAGCGCCGCCUCCUGUUCAAGCCCCGUCACAGCUUCACGCUCUCUUCAGUGACUGUCACACUCUCAUAUAUGGACUUGUGCCACACUGCACUCAGGCCACACUGUUUGGCGAUUUGAGUGGACAAGAGAUCAAAACAAUGGUGUCCACCACAGAACUACAAAAGACAAAUGGAACUUUCCUUCACAAAUUAACAGCAAGAGCGAUCAUCAGAGACUAUGAAGAUGGCAUUCUAGCUAACAGUGAGGCAGAACAUGAGGGGAAGAAAGCAGAGCUGAAGUCCUACAUCAUUGAGCUCAGUAAAGAGUUCUCCAUCUUGUCCCAGUUCACAAGCUUUGUCGCCAUUGAAGAGAGGGAGCAGAAUGAGCUUGACCCUGGAUUCACAGAUAUUCCUGAAAUCAUAUCAGAGGAGGAUGUGGAUAUUUUGCCAUAUAUGGGCUGGACUGAGGAGAAGCUGAAGUCUGCGCAUAUUAUUGGUGCUGAAGAUGACGAUGUAUCGAUGGAAUCAGAGGAGUCUGCAGACUCUGCACCUGAAGAACUCCUGUGUUCCACUCCUCCUUCUUUUCGUGCCUUCAUGAGAGACAGGCUUCCCAUUCCAGGUGCCUCCCAGAUUAAUGCCUCAAUGCCUCGUCUCCUUGACCUUCCCUCGAACUUUGAGGCAGAGGAAUCUCACCUCUUAGAUUACGGCAUGUUUCCCGUAGGUGCCUCAGUGGAUGAUCUUCAUCGCAUUCGUGAUCUCCGUCAAGACUUAAUGCAUCGCAGUCCUCCUGCCACCCAGCUUUCCUCUGCCACAGAGUUUGCCUCCAAGCUUUACACCUCUACUCCUCCUGUCUGUGCAGAUCCUCCUCGUCUGGCACCACAGCAAUGCAUGUCCGUGACUCCCAGCCCUGUUUCUCCUGUAGCUGUUCAUGAAAGUGUGGGUGCAUCUGUUUUUGGGAGGAGCAGGGCUGCUGCCCCCAUUGUCUUUGAUCAACCUGCCGUGUCUGCACCACCCGCUCUCCCUGUAUCUGGUGGCUUUGGUGGUUUCCUUCGAAGUACGAAUGACUCUUUGGCUUUUGGUUCCUCAGCUACUGGACUCUUUGGAGCAUCUCUGCAACCGCAACAACAACUACGACAGAGAAAAGCCACUCUGACUUCUGGAGCUGCUACACACAGUGCCGCUUCCUCCCCGGCUCCGCCUCUUCCUGCUCCUUCUGUUCUCUUUGGUCAACCUACAGUUCCUGAGUUUGCUGUUGGCAUGUCAAACGCCUUUGCAUUUGGUGGCACUUCUGGUGUCCUGCAAAAGGCAGCUGAGCCUGAACAGUCUUCUGGUUUCUCAGCUUUUAGCUUUGGAGCACCUCAGCAACAACAAAGACACCCUGUGUCUUCUGCACCUGAUCCUCCUCAUCUGGCACCACAGCAAUUCAUGUCUGUGACUCCCAGCCCUGUUCCUCCUCCAGCUGGUUAUGGCAGUGUGGGUGCAUCUGUUUUUGGGAGGAGCAGGGCUGCUGCCCCCAUUGUCUUUGAUCAACCUGCUGUGUCUGCACCACCCGCUCUCCCUGUAUCUUAUGGCAUUGGUGGUUUCCUUCGAAGUACGAAUGACUCUUUGGGUUUUGGUUCCUCAGCUACUGGACUCUUUGGAGCAUCUCUGCAACCGCAACAACAACUACGACAGAGAAAAGCCACUCUGACUUCUGGAGCUGUUUUUAGCUUUGGAGCACCUCAGCAACAACAAAGACACCCUGUGUUUUCUGCAUCUGGCUGUCCUAUGAGUAGAUGGAACAUGGGUCUGACGCUUCCAGGAAAACCAAUGAGCAGACCAGACACAGUGGCCUGGAAUGAGCUGUUUGAGCUUCAGCAUGAGGAUGGAUACUGGGAGUGCACUGACAGGCUGAGCAGCUUCCUUAACCUGGACGUUGACUUUUUUGCAAAUGUCUUCCUUAAGGAGAAAGGCAUCCGUUCCUUUGGUGUGAAGGCUCAUGCUGAAAUUCUGCGGCUGGUGGCGACUCUGCUGGUGCUGCAGCUGAUCCGGGUGAAGAAGCUGGACGAGGGACGGCUGCUCGAGUCUCUCCUCCGACUAAAAGAGUCCCAGGAGCCCAGACCGAUGUACUGGGAGGCAGUGAAGAGGGCCGUGGCCUGGGCCUGCCGGACAGACAGACAGUAUCCGUGUGUGUGCAGCAGGCUGGAGAUCGGCCGGGAUUGGGAAUCAUCUACACGUCAACUACUGGGCUGUGAUUCUCCACACCCAUAUUCCCCUCUCAAACCUGUUCUGGAGAGACGUAUGGAUGUAUCAGUCAUGUAGAAACUGGAGUCGCAGCUUGCUUGCUUAAUAUGUUAAAAAAUAUCUUUAUUAGUCUUGUAGAGCUUUAAAGUGCCCUCAAAACUGUAUUAAAAUGUCAGAAUUUUAAUACAUUAGAAAGGAAAUAUUAAAACAAGUGCUCUUUUCUUGAUAGCUUUCCCCCCAAAACUAGACAUUUGUUCAAUCACUUGUAAUCAAAUGUAUGAACUCAUUUCUUCUCAAGUUCACACAGAUGUCCUAGCAGAGCAACAAACAGCUGUAGUUCAUCACAUUAACUAUGAUUAUGAUGCAGUGCAAUGAUGGCUGAAACUUGAAGCUUUAGUGCACAUUCAGCAGCAAGGAAAUGUCCUUUUUAACUUCAGAAAUCACCGUUAAGAGCUGAUUAAAUUACAAAGAUAUGCAUUAAAAGUCCUGCCCGUAAACUCUCUCUCGUCACAUUAUUAUCUGGGGGGAGGUGCUUAAUAAAUUAGUAAAACUUUUAAUUAAAUAAUUAAAAACACAAAAUAUGACAAAUAAAUACAAAAACAAAUUAGAAAAUGAAUUACAAUAUAGUCUGUUACAUUGCAGAAUGUUGUUUUAGCAUUUAAAACAUAAAAUUAUAUUGUGAAAUGUUUUCUUGCAAGUGUGCAUGUGCUGUCUUUUUUUUUAAAUAAAUGAAAUGAAUUAAAAUAAGAUAAAUAUAUUGUUCCAGUGAACAAUAGCAUCUCAAGGACAAACACAGUCAGUCUUUUGUUCUGUGUAAUCAUACACACACACACUGGUGCUUCAAACUAGAUAUGUUGAUACACUUUCUUUGGAAAAACAAAUCUUAAAUCAUGGGAUGAUUAUUAGAAGAAUCAAUAUAUCUGUUCUGUGUCCCAUAAAUUAAUGUAGCAACAGCCACACGUGAACGCAAUAUUUAAUAACACAGCUUGUGUCACAAACAUCACAUAUUUACAUAACGCUGAUAACAUUGUUUCAAUUUAAGAUUAAAUUAAAAUAAAAAGUAAAAUAACGCGUGAUUUUUUUAUUUUAUUUUUUUACUUUUCAUUUACUGAUACCCGGAACAACUUGUAAAUGAAAAUGAAAUCAGAAUAAACUCAAGUUAGUA